UGGAAUUAACUACACAGCAGCUACCAGACGAACGUUCUCUCCUCUUUUUUUCUACAGGUGCAGGCUGCCAGUGCUGUGACUGCUGCAGGGUGUUGGUCAGUGGAGCUGCAGACGACUGGUCAGUGGGUGUCUGUCUGGCCUGUCUGUCUGUCUGUCUGUUUGGGUGAGCAGGACAGGAGGAGCCAUGGCUAACAGGGGACCCAGCUACGGCCUGAGCAAGGAGGUGCAGGAAAAGAUAGAGUUGAAGUAUGAUCUGGACCUGGAGGCCCGGCUGGUGGACUGGAUCGUAGCUCAGUGUGGGGGGAACCUGGAGAGACCACAGCCAAGCAGACAGAACUUCCAGACCUGGCUGAUGGAUGGAACAAUUCUCUGUAGGCUCAUCAAUAGCCUGUACCCGCGUGGUAAUGAGCCCAUCAAGAAGAUUCUGGAGACCCAGAUGGCCUUUAAGCAGAUGGAGAAGAUCUCCCAGUUUCUGCAGGCUGCCGAGGCCUACGGAGUACUCACCACAGACAUCUUCCAGACAGUGGACCUGUGGGAAGGGCAGGACAUGGCUGCGGUACAGAGAACCUUGAUGGCCCUAGGAAGUGUUGCCCUCACCAAGGACGAUGGACAUUACCGUGGCGACAGAGACUGGUUCCACAGGAAAGCCCAGGGUUACCGGCGGGAGUUCUCUGAGGACCAGCUUCGUCAGGGCCAGAGUCUGAUUGGUCUACAGAUGGGCAGCAACCGUGGGGCCUCGCAGUCCGGCAUGACGGGCUACGGAUCGCACCGCCAGAUCAUGUAGAGACACCAGCCAGCUGCCCAGCCAGCUGCCAGCCACUCCCUUAGCCUGGCGGUGUACUCCAGUUACUGGACCUCCAGAAGAGAGCUCCACCACACUCCCUGAACCUCAUGAAAUGACCCACCCCUUUUUCCCCUUCCCCAGCAACACCAGCCAUACAUACAUACAUACAUACACACCUAUUGUUCGUCCCCAACACCCGAACAGGGUGCUCAAUAUACCCCAACCACACCAUGAUUCCUACAGACAUCAGUAGUUUCUGCUUACCCCACACCCACUCUCCAGUCCUCCUUGGUCCUGCUCUCUCCAUCCAUAUGGUCCUGCUCUCUCCAUCCAUAUGGUCCUGCUCUCUCCAUCCAUAUGGUCCUGCUCUCUCCAUCCAUAUGGUCCUGCUCUCUCCAUCCAUAUGGU